UAAAAAAAUAAAAUAAAGCUCACAUCCGUAGCACCGACGAGCAUCUUCCAAUGGCGAUCUCCUCCAUCCUCCGUCUCUCCGCCCUCCCCAAGGUUCCCCCUUCUCUUCCCCUUCUCAAUCCCCUCUCCUCAUCCGUUGCUCCUCGAUCUAGGGCUCCUCGGAUGCUUCCCAGAGCCCUCUCAUCCCAUAAUCUCAUGGCGAUCCAAGCCUCCGUCCUCGAUCUCCUCCGCACCUCUCCACCGACCUGGUCGUCAGCCAUUGCCAGUAACGCCCUCAUUUUCUUGCUCGGAUCUCCGCUCCUCGUCUCCGGCCUCUCCUUCCCCGGCAUCGGCGCUUCCUUCUUGCUUGGCACCUUGACUUGGAGGGCUUUCGGCCCUCCUGGCUUCCUCCUCGUCGCUGCCUACUUCAUCAUCGGCACGGUGGCGACGAAGGUGAAGAUUUCUCAGAAGGAAGCGAUGGGAGUGGCGGAAAAGAGGAGAGGAAGAAGGGGACCGGGAAGUGUUAUAGGUUCUAGUGCUGCUGGUUGUGUUUGUGCUCUUCUUUCGGUGUAUGGUGUUGGAGGAGUCGCUUAUGCGCAGCUUUGGAAACUUGGCUUUGUUGCUAGCUUUUGUACGAAGUUAAGCGAUACUGUUUCGAGUGAGAUCGGCAAGGCGUAUGGGAAGACGACGUAUCUUGUGACAAACUUUAAGGUAGUCCCCAGGGGCACAGAAGGUGCAGUUAGUGCUGAAGGGACCGUUGCUGGACUAUUAGCUGCGGUUCUUCUUGCAAGUAUUGGUUAUUUCAUGGGAGAGGUGAUGCAGUAGGUGGGUGAGUCCCCCACUGUACUGGUGAGCGAAAUGAUGAAGUCGCACCUAGCAGCGAUGACCCAUGGAAUUAAGGUCGAGGAGUCUAAGUGGGUCUAUGUUGGAAUCUAGAGCACGAAGGUUUGGGGCGUGGUGACCUGGUAGAAGUAGUGAAAGCUGUGGCGGGAGCAACCUGUUAAGGAUUCAAAAGUCUAGCUGUGACAGGUGAAACUAGUUGAGGAUUCAGAAGUCUUAAGUGAGCUUCAUAGUUAAGCAGGAUUUUAAAUAGUUCCUUGAACUCAAGAGGUGAAUCUUGAACUUGAAGAGCAUGAGGCAGAUUGGAGUAUGCUGGAUCAAGUCCAUCUAGAAUGCGAAUCGAUAGAUCAUCAAAGUCAACGGACUUGUUCAUAAGAGCAAGUGAGUCAAUACAGGUUUUGAUGUUCUGCAUAUAGACAGUAAUCGUCUGAGUGUCCUGCGAGAGGUUAGCAAGACGACUGCGAAGUUCCAUAAUACAACCAUGAGAUGGGGAGGCAUAGGUUUUUUCCAAGGUUUUCCAAGCAUCACGUGUAGAGGAAGAUGAUGCAAUAAAUGGUAUUUAGGUAGGAAAGACUGAUCCAAUGAUGGCAUUCAGAAGCAAUUGAUCUUGAUGAACCCAGAGUGCAAAAGCCGGAUUAGAUAUAGGUGUAGUUGAAUCAGAACUUGCAACAAUAGUAGACGGACAAGGAUGUGUGCCAUCAACAAAUCCCAACAGAUUGAUAUUGAUGGCAAUGAGUGAAUGUUGUUGAUCCUAUGAAGUGGAGAGGAUAGGAGAAAUUAAAGAGACAAUGGUGGAAACACUGUUUUUGAAGAUUAGACAUGGUGGUAGUACAAUUGCGGUACAUGAACUUGAUAUAUAUUUGUCAUCUUAAUGAAGACUUAAAUGUUUUGAACAAGGAAAAACAUAAAACUGGAAUAGAAAGAAAUAAAAUGAAAUUGGUAAACGUGGAUGGGAAUAGAGAAAUAAAUUGAAAUUGGUAAACAUGGAUGAUACCUUUGUUAUUAUUGUUAUUAUGUUAAAAUUAGGGUUUCAAACCCUACUUCCACUGGUGAAAAUUGACAGCGUCGGCGUAGAUGGCCGGAGUAAAUGGCCGGAUCUCGGUUGUAGAUGACCGGAUCUAUGUCAAUGGUGUAUAUCGCCGGAUCUCUGUUGUGAAUAGCCGGAUCUCAAGAAAAUGAGAGAAUGGAAGGCAAGGAUGAGGCCGGAUCUUUGUUGUAGAUGGCCAAAUCUCGGUUGAUGAUGGCGACUUCGGUGCGGGCGGUGAUGUUGCCGGUAUCAGAGGAGCCUUGGACGGAGGUCGGCCGGCAAGCGGCGUGAGGAUCAUGAUUUGGUGUUACCCUUUAGGGCUCUAGUACCAUGUGGAGGAAAGAUAAGAUAGAUUCAAUGUAUUGAUGAUCAGUUAUAAAAGAUUACACAAGUGUGGGUAUAUAUGUAAUAUUACUAGUAAUAAUGGCCCUAAUAUCAGAGUCAUUCAUUUUGUCCGUGAGUCUUACAUGUAUACAUUGUUUAUAAGAAGCUAAAUGUAAUUCUCAUGUGAAACCGACCAUGCCAAAAUAAAUUCUACUGUAGUUAAUAGGAGCCAGGAAAAAGGGUAUUUCAAGCAUGCUCUUUGAAGCUAUAUUCUAAUGGGAGGUAGUAUAUCCUUGUCUCUUGAAUAAGCAACUGUUAUAUGCUGAUUUUGAAUUUGGGGUUUUGGUGUCAAACAUACAUAAGUUAGCCAUAUUUGAGGAAGUACUCAUUUUUGGUAGUUGACUGGUUGAGGCUUUUACAUCUCUAGAAUUAAAUAGCACUCAGUCUGCUAUGUAUGGAUUUGGUUUAAUUUUCUAUUGGGUUUUUUGUUGAUUUGUUAUCACUCUAAAACUGUUCUGCUAAAUACAUCAAUCAUGUUGGUUGGACUAGGCUCUUAUAAAUUAAUAGGCCAGCCUAAGCGGGUUAAAACCUUUAAAUAGUAGCUAUAAUAAGCUAGUCUCAGCUAAAGUCUAACACCUACCAAACAGUAGCUGUUUCUGCAGUGUCAUCACCUGUGAAGCAAGGCUUGUUUAUAGCUGGUAACAGCCUUAGAAUGAAGUUUGGCUUGAAUCUACCAGAUUUAAUUGCCUAUUCAAAAGUUAAGAAAAAGUUGAAACACCGAGUUGCUUUACUUCCUAUAUAACCUUAUUAUGUGUCAUCCAUCUGCCCUCAAUGGGUUACAUAACAAACCGUUGACUCUAUGAAAUUAAUCAGUAAUUCUGCUUCUAAAUUCAUGCUUUUCUAAUGAAAGCUUCAUUUACCUUUGCCCAUUGUCCAGUUUAGCAAGCCUUCUGCCUCUUGUAUCUUCUUUCUUUUCAAGUAUUAUAGCUACACAACUUUAGUGGGAUGUAAAUUUCAGCACUAGCACCAUUUGGAUCUGGACAAUCAUUAUUUUGUAGUUGGUUAAAUGUUACCAUUUGUCACCCUAAGAUUAGAGUACCCAUGCCAUUUGCCCGACUACUGGUGUUGUUGUUGUUGUUGUUUAAAUACACAUGAUUCGUGGGAUGUAAAUUUCAACACUAGCACCAUUUGGAUCUGGACAACCAUUAUUUUGUAGUUAAUAUAUGUUACCAUUUGUCAGGCCAAGAUUAGAUUAGAGUACUCAUGCAAUUUGCCUGACUACUGUUGUUGUUUCUCUCUCUUUUUUUUUUUUUAAAUAAACUUUGCUUUGCAUAUCCUAAUAGGCUCAGACUCCGAAGCCAUCUCCCCUGGUUCUGAAACUAGGGUAUUCUUUGGUUCCAAUCUAUUAAAAUCUAACACAUGUCAUCAAAUCAUAAUAGAAUAAAAAAUUAAUAUCAUAUAAAACACUUGUCAAAAUAUGAUAGGUUAAAAUCAUGGUAUUCCCUAGUUCCAGAACCAGGGGAGAUGACUUCUCAGGCUCCCAAUGUUGUACUUUGUUAGGCCAUUCUUAUCAUCAUGAAAUUAUUUGAAGGGUAUCACGAGCUUUAGCCCUGUCAUCAGGUUAUGUUUUCAUCUACACUCUUCUUAUCUUCAUUAAUAGUAUAAGAUGUAAUACCUGAUUUAAAUCCUAAUAUAAAGCUGAAUGGUUUUGCUGGAGAUUUUGUGAUUUUGGAACUCUUCUUCACAACAUUCUGUUUCAUUUUACAUGAUUGGAUAAUUCUAUAAUCCUAUUAUCAAUGGGCUACGUUUCUUAAACCCUUGCAAGUAGCUCAAGUAACUCGCACUUUCAAAGAUAUGAAUUAUUGCUAUUGCUGUCCACCAAUAUAACCCCUUUUUGAUGACCACAUUUAACUUGACCAAUACUAACCUGGACAAUGAUCCUAUGUGCACACUCCCUUUCAGAUAAUAUUAUUUUCACAAUUUC